GUAUCCAACCCACAGUCCCACUUAUUUCACAGCUGUUUGCAAACAAAACAAAAUUCUUACACAAAAGCGUUUAUAAAUUCAACAAUUUUCAACAUUUCAUGGACUGCUGCGGCAACGAAGUGCGCAGCGAGAGUAUCUACAACAUGCUGCAGGCCCUGGUCGACUCGAAGGUGAUCAACGUGCAGCUCCUUUCCAUUGCCGUGGGCAUUUUCUUUGUUGUCCUGCUGUUGAAAAACAAUUUUCGCAGCUUUUCUGGCACGUAAACACGCUUGGAUUUGACUCUAUUUAAUUUAUGUAAUAAUGUAAUGUACACCGUUUAACUAAGGACUAAUAAUAAUAAUAAUAACUUCAAAAGAAA